AUGGAGAAUUUGAACAAAACCUUGGUGAGAACAUUCAUCCUGCUAGGAUUUUCCAACAGCCCUGGGCUGCAGGUUGUAUUUUUCCUGCUCUUUUUUCUUAUGUACCUGGUGACAUUAUCUUUAAACCUUCUACUAAUCAUCGCUGUGAGACUCAGUUCCCAACUUCACACCCCUAUGUACUUUUUCCUGUGCAACCUCUCUGUCAUUGACAUCUUCUUCUCAACAACCAUUGUGCCAAAAAUGCUUACAAACACCUUAUCUCAGGACAAAACUAUAUCCUUCAUGGGAUGUGCAGCCCAAAUGUAUUUCCAUUUAGCUCUCGGAGCUACAGAGUGCUUAAUACUAGCUGUGAUGGCCUAUGACCGGUAUAUCGCUAUAUGUAAACCUUUGCAAUAUAACAAUAUCAUAAAUAAGAGUGUCUGCAUAGGUCUUUCUGCUGCCUCGUGGUCCAUGAGCUUUUUGAACUCCGUGGUCCAUGCAGUUUUCACCUUCCAGCUGCCUUACUGCAGGUCUAACCUGGUGAACCAUUUUUUCUGUGAGAUGCCCCCCCUCUUCCGGCUCUCCUGCGCAGAUACUUGGUUCAAUGAAGUUGCAGUGUAUAUCUCAGGUGGCUUAAUUGCUUCUUGUUCUUUCAUGCUCACAUUAUUGUCCUACGUUCACAUAAUUUCUACCAUCCUAAAGAAUGGAUGCAGUAAAGGACAACACAAAGCUUUCUCUACUUGUGCCUCCCACCUUGUAGUUGUCUCACUCUACUAUGGUACUAUUAUGUUCAUGUACUUACGACCUCGAUCCAGUUACUUCCCAGAUCAGGACAGAGUCAUCUCUAUCUUCUAUACAGUGGUAACACCAAUGUUGAAUCCCAUGAUCUACAGCAUAAGGAACAAGGAUAUUAAAGUAACCAUCAGAAAGAUGUUGAGCAAGUUGGCCCAUUUGUGA